AUGUCUAGAAACAUUCUAAUAUGUGACUUUGAUGAAACAAUUUCAAACAAAGAUACUAUUAGUACAUUUGCCAGAUUGGCAUAUCAUGUGAAACCUACUGCAAGUCCAAAUUGGUCCCAUUUCGAAACUACGUAUAUGAAUGGGUACAAUCAUCUACAACCCAAAUAUGUUCAGAAAAGGUCAUUACCAUUACUUGCAAAACUUGGUACAAAUGAUAGAAUCACUAUGGACAACUAUAACGUUUUAUUUGGAUCUGAAAUCGAGUACCAAAGGCUAUGUAGAAAUAUAGAAUUGAAUAGUAUUCAAGAGAUAGAAAAAUAUAAUUUAUUCAAGGGUGUUAGUACUCGUGAUGUAUCUACAUAUGUCCAUAGUUUAUUCAAUGGGAGCGUAGAUUCUAUUGUUCGGAAAGGAUUCAUUGAAUGUUUAGGGACUUUAAAUAUCGAUGUCCAUGACCUGUUUGUAAUAUCGAUCAAUUGGUCUCGAGAAUUAAUCCAGGAUGCAAUCUCUCAACAAUAUAUUUCGUCUUCCAACAUAUAUUGUAAUGAUCUUCUAUUAGAUCAAAAUAAAGAAUCGAAGUGUGUAUAUACAGGAAAUUUUUCCAAAUCAUUAUUAACAGGCUCAGAUAAGAUAGAAGUAUUAAAUAAAUUGUAUGAAGAUAAUAAUGGUAGUAAUAAUGCGGAAAAUUACAACAAAUUUUGGUAUGUUGGUGAUAGUGAGACUGACAUACUUUGUAUCUUAGAGCCUCAAAUAAAUGGGAUAUUAUUAUUAGAUCCACAAGAAAAUGAGAAGAAAUUCCUUAAAUUGUCAAUUGAUGUAUUGGGACUUGAUGAGAAUACAAUUACAAACUUUAUGAGUGAUCCACAAAUAAGAUCAUUAAGGUUUGCAGAGAAACAAACUGGUAAUGGAUCAUAUCUUGCGAAGACAUGGUUUGAUAUAACCACACUAAUACAACAAAAUAUGUGA